ACUAAGACUACUAAGACUAGGACUACUGCUAAGACAACUACUAAGACUAAGACUAAGACUAAGACUAAGACUAAGACUACUACUAAGACUAAGACUACUACUAAGACUAAGACUAAGACUACUAAGACUAAGACUACUAAGACUAAAACUACUAAGACUAAGACUACUACUAAGACUAAGACUACUACUAAGACUAAGACUACUACUAAGACUACGACUAAGACUACUAAGACUACUACAAAGACUACUAAGACUACUACAAAGACUACUAAGACCACUACUACUAGAAAGCAAAAGCAGAGCAAUCCCCAAUCAGCAAAGCAUCAGCAGUCUCUUGGCUUACUGACAGCACACAUGCUCCUAGUAUAUACUAUAGGAGUCGUUGUAACUUAA